CAUCAGCAGGCAGAACAGGCAAGAUGGCGGCCGGUUCAGGAGCAGCAAGCGGACAGGGAGCCCGCAGCUCCACUGCUUCUUUGGAAGCCUCACUGGACCGACGUUUUCAAAAAGUUUCCAACACUAUGGAGUCUAUACAGAGCCUCUCGGCUUGGUGCAUUGAAAACAAGAAACACCACGGCCUUAUUGUUCGCUACUGGAUGAAGUGGUUGAAGAAAUCCGACCACAAUCAUCGCUUGAAUCUUUUCUACCUUGCCAACGAUGUGAUCCAGAACUGCAAAAGAAAAAACGCCAUUGUGUUCCGCUCGGCUUUCUCCGAUGUCCUUCCAAAUGCUGCCCUCCUCAUUAAAGAUGGAAAAGUCCGCAAAUCGGUUGAAAGGAUUUUUACCAUCUGGGAGGAGAGGAAUGUGUAUCCGGAGGAGGUGAUUUCCCAGUUCAAAGCCGGCUUGCACAAAAAAGAAAAAGAGCGAGAGAAGCAAAAGGAAAAGGAAAAAGAAAAAGAAGAGCAGAAAGAAAAGGAGACUCCACCAGGAAACGCUACAGCCAGUUUAAAAGCAGUCAGCAAUAAAGCUCCAAGCACUAAAGCUGCACUGAAGUCCAAGAUUGUUGCAGAGUUUACACCUCACUCCCUUAUUGAGCAGCUGUCCAGAUACAGGCAAGCUGCUGCUGAGGAGCAGAUCAGAGAGAAACAGCUGGAAACUCUCAGGGUGGACGUCUGCAGCACAGAGGCCUUCAAAAGACUUAAAGACAAAGCAGGAGGAAAUAAAUUUGCCAAAGACUUUGAAGAUGGAUGUCUGAAACUGCAGGACUUUGUCAGCUUCCUGGAAAAAGAGCUAAAAACGGGACCUCCUCUGCUGGAAGCUCUCGGAAAUGCAGAUAUCUUCUAUGAAAUGCAGUACAAGGAGGUUAAGAUUGUCGCUAAUGCGUACAAUGCCUUUGCUAACCGAGUAAAUGGCCUCAAAAAGAAACUGGAUUCUCUUAAGGCGACACUAUCUGGGCCAGAGGACUCUCCCAUCCCUUCUCCCUCAGAAGAUGCUCCCUCACCCACUGGGUCCGACUCACCCUUUCUGGAAAUGGAAACCACCAGGGCCAAGGUGGAUCCAGAGCUGGAUGGCAAGGCUAUGGAUGAAGCAGACCUUCAAAACGACAACAGAGACAUGGAAGACAUGGAUAUGUCUGACGAGGAGGUGUGCACUGCUGCCUCACAGGAUGACAAGGACGAUGAGCCACCUGUGUCUAUUUCCAAGACAAAGUCCGAUGCAGCAUCAAAACCUCAGAACGCGCUUACAAAACCAUCCAAGCCCAGCCCUUCUGCUGUCACCACGGCAACCACAGUGACUCCUGUCCCGGCAAAAGCAACAGCUGCCCCCACCACCCCUCUGGGAGUGAAUCUGGCCAAAGUGGACCUGGGGAAGAUCAGCUCCAUCCUCAGCUCGCUUACAUCUGCCAUGAAGAACACAGCACCUACUCCGGCUCCUCGACCAUCUCCUGGAACGCCCACCACCCCUACAGGCCAAGCCACUGUCUCCAAGGCAACCCCUCCGAGUCCUGCUCUGGCUAGCAUCCUGUCACGAGUUGACAUAACCCCUGAAGGGAUACUAAACGCUCUGUCUAAAACUAACACAUCAGGUUUAUCAUCUCUACUUCAAAGUGUGACCCAGACUUCUGCCACUAACUCCAACAGAACCUCCCCAGAAUCAACAAGUGUCAAACCCCCAGUAACCCCAACCACCCCAAAGAUUAAAUCCCCUCUGCGAAAUAGUCUCAAACAAGAGGAGCCAGUUAAAGCCAGAGACUGGGAGAAGGAUAAGCGGCUCUCCCCUCCUCCACCAGCUCCUCGUUCUUCAGCUCCCUCUGUCUCUCCUCCCAGCUUAGAGUCCAAGAUCAACAGUUUCUUGCAGGGUAAUCCAGGUUUCAGCCUAGCCCUGGGUGAUGCUAGUCCUGAUGGGGUUGAUGGCACCCCGGUGAGGGACGAGACGGCUGGGACCCCGACGCAGGAUGAGAUCAUGGACACUCCCAGCGGCAUGCCAGACUCUUUGGGUUCAUCCGGAAGCCACAACCUCUCACCAACAGCCUACCGCAAUGAUCCUUGGGAUGCUGCAGUCACCUCUUCUGGAAGCAGCAACAAUGGAGACUUUCUUGGCUCCUCCUCUAGAUUUGGUGCAGGAAAAAGGAGCAGCAGUAAGUUAAAUGAAGAGGAAUUGAUAAGGAGGCAGAAGUCCUCUUCCCCUGGCAGUGACUUAAAGGGUAAGAACAGUAGAGCCAUGGGAGAGCGGAGAGUCUCUGCCAGCUCUCGGAAGGCGAGCACAGGAUCCGAUGAUGGAAAAAAAGAAAAGGACAAUGGUAAAGAGUUAUCAGCAGGAGAUGCAAAGGAAGGUCAGUACCACCGCAUUGAGACAUUGGUGUCACCCCACACUGAAGGGGCGCCAAUCCAGACUCUGGGCUACUCAAACCGUGCACCUGCUGGAGAACGAAUCAAGACAGUUGAGAGCAUCCGUGUCAUUGGCCGAGGCUCUCGGCGAGGGGGAGGAGCUGGGAAUCGGCCAGGUGCUUCGAUGUGGUACAAAGAGGAAGAAUACUUGGAUGGUCAGCCUCCUUCACCACACGUUAUACCCCCUCCUAUUAACAUGGGUGGUAGUGAAGACCUAAACCCCUCAAUGCUUCCUCCACCCCCUCCUCCUCCUCCCCCUCCUCCUCCACCACCUCAGACUCCAUUCCCAAUGCCGUACCACACUGAAAACAUGCAGACUCCUCCUCCAUCACUCCUCCAGCCUCAUCUUCCUCCUUCAUCUCCCUCUUUUACUGCUGUUCCCCCGCUUCCUCGACUGCCCCCGCCACCACCACCUCCUCACCCUGCUCUGCCCCACAGCGUGAUGGUGGGGGGAAUGUUGGUCCCUGUGGAUCUUCCAUUGUCUGCGCCCCCACCUCCUCCUCACCCUGCUCUGCCCCACAGUGUCAUGGUGGGGGGAAUGAUGGUCCCAGUGGAUCUCCCAAUGUCUGUUCCACCAUCCUUUAGACCUGAGGGUGCAGAGCGUGGCAGGAUGGGGCACAGAGGACAGAAGAUGACCCCACCACCACUCAUGUCAUCGCUGCUAGGCGAGCACCCUAAGCUACCCCGUCCCGGCACAGUCAAAGAGCCUUUAAUCCCUCGCCAUACACCCCCUCUCCACCGCCCAGGUACGCCUGGCAUUCCUCCACCUCUACUCGGCAGAGUGAAGGAGCCUUUGAUUUUACCUCUCCCCUCACCCACAUCCUCCACCCCCUCUCCCUCCACGCCCAAUUCCCCUGCAGCGGACCACGCCGCCCCUAAAGCCCCACCCAGUCCUCCAGCUCAGCCCCACAACCCAAACUCCAAACCCGUCCCCCUCCUCAACCUACCCGCUUCCCGACCCCCGAUCCUCCCCACCCCCAUGCAGCAGAGACCCCCGCUGCGAGGCCGAAGCCUGUCUCAAGACCAUCCCAGAGGUGGGUUUCAUGGAGGGAAGCGAUCCGGCCCCCCGUUCCCCGGCGGUCCCUUCCAUGCUCAGAAGAGGCCUUACCUACCCCCACGCUACUGAAGUGGCUGACUAUGACAAGCUGAAUGAGAAGUGCAAACCACACAUCUAACAGUGCAGUGUGUGUUAGCCCUGCUGCUGUCUCCAGCGUUAUCUGAGCGCCUGCGAGUCUUUGAGUCUCUAUGGGAUGAACGAGGCAAGAAGAGAUCUGAGGUAAGAGGAAACCCUCUCUGCAUCCACCUUACCGAUGGACAAACAGUAAAGGGAACAUCUGGAG